GUCGGUAUUAUAAGACUGCUCCUAUAUUUUCGAGUUGUACGUACUGUUAUGUCACGGGAUAAAACUUCUCUUACUGCAGAUUUAUAUAAACAGAAGGACCUUGUACGGAAUGAAUAUUAAGCAGUCUUUUAAGAUUAAUGACUGUAUAAUUUAUUUCCUUCUGAUACUUUGAGAGCAGAAUGUGAUAAAUAACGCUAAAGAAAUUGAAUGUGAAGUAGUGGUUUGUGAGAUGAUUUUCUUCUGUGAUUUUUGUUCAAAGUUAAGAUGUCUGGAAAAUAAAUAUAAUCAGGAUCAAAUACACAUCAAAUACCAGAUUUAGGAUGGACCUGGUGAUUGGCAUUAACUUGGUCACUCUUCUGAUGAUCUCUCUGACGAGGCUGGUGGAGGGACACGGCCGACUGAUAGACCCCCCCAGCAGGUCCAGUAUGUGGCGUUAUGGAUACAGAAAUCCCCCCAACUACAACGAUAACCAGCUCUACUGUGGAGGGGUACAGAUCCAGUAUGAGAUGAAUAAUGGAAGAUGUGGGGUGUGUGGCGACCCAUUUCAAGGGCCUCAUGACAAUGAACCAGGGGGAAAAUAUGCUAAUGGAAUCAUUGUUCAUUCAACAAGUAUUGGUGCCAUCAUGCCAGUUACAGUAGAAAUAACAGCUCCUCACAAAGGCUAUAUGGAAUUCAAACUCUGUCCAAAUGAUGAUCCAAAAAAAAUGAUCACUCAAGAGUGUCUGGAUGACUUUUUAUUAACCAUCAUUGAGUCCAAAAGUACCAGAUACCCUGUUACAAGUGCUGGGAAGUACAAAUUAAAACUACAACUUCCAGAGAGUGUCAAGUGCCGUGCUUGUGUUUUACAGUGGAAAUAUAACACAGGGAACAGUUGGGGAGUGGAUCCAAAAACAAAUAGAGGAUGUAUAGGCUGUGGUAAUCAGGAACAGUUUUAUGGCUGUGCUGAUAUUGCCAUAGGACACCCAAACAUAGAACCAGGGUUUUCUUUAAUAACUAAUCAAAUGAGCAAAGGAGGGCCCAUUUUAAAGCCUGGUGUGCCUACCCCACCUCUGGUUCCCACUGAACUGGAAACAUGGGGACCCCUUUCCCCAGACAGCGGAGAGGUGGAUCCGGUCGUUGUUCCUGGCCCCAGUGGAUCUAAGUCAGACACAGCCUACAAAGUGUACAAGAGUUUCUUGGACUUCCAAAGUCAAUUUCCAAACAAAUAUGCCAGACCCUGUGUUUGUCAUUCCUGUGUAGGCAAGACUUGUGUAUGUGAAUGUUUUGAAAGUGAUAUUUCUGCCUCAUCUACAAACCAUCUCCAAAGUUAUCUUAAUAUGUUGACUAUUUUUGUUGUGUCACUCAUUUUACAAGGAGUUCCAUUUUACCUUUAGGCAUAAUUACUAGCACUUAUGAGACAUAAAUAACGGGGCUGAAUUUCAGAUUGUAGUGACUAUGUAGAUAUCUACCAUAUAGCUGCUAGGUUAGCUGUUAGGAUCUAAAACUUAAGCCAGCUGUAUUGCCAAUUGUUUUCAUUUAUAUAUUUAUACAACCAUCUUAAGACAAACAUUACGUAUAUCACUGUAUGUCUAGCUGUUUAUUUGUCCAUAUUUGGACAUUUCAACUUUAGGCUCACCUGGAUCCUAAAGGUUCAAAUGAGCUUUUGUUAUCACCUGUCAUUUAAUGUCAGUAGAGUUAUGACCUUUACUCAUCAAUGCUGUUUAGGAAACCUUUGCAAACAGAAUUUUCAUACACCUGUAUAUUAUGCUAUCCAAAUAGUGCUUUCCUUCUUCUGUUAAGUGUCUGUCCAUAUGUCCAUCAGUCUGGCUGUACACCUGUUAGGCAGCAGACAAUUUUCAUUAAUUUUUUGUUACAUCUUUUAUAAGUUUCUUCUCAAAAUGACUCAUUUUUGGAAGUAUUUUCCUUCAGAAAACUUCAAAUUUAUUAAGCUAAAAGUUAAUGAAAAAACAUUUCCUAGAAUCUCGUAGGACAAUGAAAAAAUUCUUAGAAUCUUCUCAGACAACACUUGUGGUCAAUGUUGUCUGAAGACAAUUCUACAAUACACCUGUGUCUGGGCGAAUUUGAAAGUGAACAUUUUAUUAAAAGUGAUAAAAAAUGAGAUGAAAAUAGCCCAGUUUAUAGAAUUAUAUUAUUCGAUGCAAUAAGACAUUUAUUGAAAAUGAAAAUAAUUUGUCAAGUAGCAACUAUAAUUAGGUGCUUAUUGAGCAUGUGAUAUGAUUUGACUAUAUGAGUUUUCAGCAACUUUUUCUUCAUUGUGUUUAUUUUUGUUUAAUAAAUAAAAAAAGCAAAUUCAAAGAA